UCUGUUACCUGAGCCAAUGUGCAGCUACAGAGAUGGUAUGACAGGGCACGUACGGAAAGGAUUCGUGUGAGGAAAUAAACUAUUUAUCUGCAGCCACAUACUUUAAGAGACACAAUUUUUGCACGAAGCGCUUUUGCAGGUGCUUGACCAUGGGUCGGAGUGUCCACCAUAGAGUAAGGCUAUUCACUCUGCUUUGUGCUGGUUCAUUGGCUGGUCAUCGGUUUUUGAAGUGAGGCAUUACUAACGGUAAAAUGCAGUGGAACCUGAGUGUGGUUUUACUCAUGUGGAUAAUGAUAAUCAUUGCCCAAGUGGAAAAAGUACAUCAAAGGUGGGAUUUGCAGAGGACACACAAAAUUAAAUGAGUGACAGUGGCUAUAUGUAUUAAAACAAAUAAUGGUUUGAUAGAAGCAGUUGCCUAGUCUCAAGAAGUUUGAGAGUCAGGCGCGGGUGGGGGUGCGGCGCGCACAGAAGCGCUGAGAAAGAUAAGCAGAGGAAAGCGCGUUUGUCGUGAGAGCCAAAAUGGCAGUUCCCUGAUCGCACCGCAGUGCAAGAUGCACUGCUCAGCUGUCACUACUCUCCCCGAUGAUUCACGUCUCCGGAGGCUUUGAGCGCGAUCGUUUAAUGGAUUUUCGAUGGCGAAAUUGGACAGGGAAAUUGGCUAGCGCGGAACAUCUGGCGAGAGGGAUAUAAAACCCAUAUGUUCGAACUUAAUGUGGCAGGUUCACAUGAGUCAAAUUAGCGUGACAGCGAAAACGCCAGAUCGAUGCUAACUUUUAACCAGUUUUUUUCUUCUUGAAUUGAAGGCUCUGCAAGAUGUAAAUGCAAGAAUCCUAGUGAUUUUGAGGCAAGUAGGCUAUUUUUUUUACUCUGAAGUGGCAUAAUUCAGCUGAAAAUGAUGCGUACCCAAAACGUUUUUCUAUCAUUCCGUUUCUCAGCCUAUUUGCUCACACAGUAGGUAAACUUUGCAACGCAGCCAAUAAAGAUUAAACAGCACCUGUCACUAAAGAUACGGUUGAAAUAUUGAGAUCCUGCUCUAUUUCUUCAUAAGGAUUUAUCUGUGUGUGCGUUUCACAUUGGGAACGGAAAUCUUCGAGUGUGUCAGUGCAUUAUCCGGUGAUGUGAAAGCCGCAGUAAAGCCAGUAUCUGCCGUUUGGCUAAUAGAAAGGACGCAGAUACAUUCAGCAUGGCCUGGCAUAGGUCCCAUCCCAACGUUUUGAAUAAUUAAGAGGAUCUGACAAAAGUUGGAAAAAUUAUUUGGACUUAUUCGGAUAUUUUUCACAAAUAUUUUGAUGACUUGAAAUCCUCUGAAUGUUGUUUUUUCGUUGCGGUAAUUUGUGCGUGGAAAAUCGGCUAAGUCAUGAAUCACAUAUAAUUGGAUCCACUCGGAUUUCUCGAGGUUAAUCAAACCGUCACGGUCCUCAAGUUAAGGAUGAGGCGCGUGUUGCACGCUUUGCAGCUGGAGACUCCCGGAAGGAAGAGUAUCAUUUUGACAGCGCGUGUCCAGUGAGAGAAAAGCGCCUACCGGAGACACUCGAGACGAACUUAAAUGAUUUUACUUUUAUCUUGAAUACUGGUGAUUACAAAACACAGAAAACUGAGAGAUCAGUCGGCAUAUAUGCUUACCAUUUAGGGACUGCAUGGAUAAGGAAGACAAGGAUCAAUCCCCUACACUGCGCUUUUGAGUUGUGCUGAAGUUCACCAUGGGGUGAGGAGGAGAAGAACGUGGUCAGUUUUAGGAGAGGGGUGAGUGACCGAGAACAUGGAUUGUUUGUUACUUCAAUUUACUUCAAUUUUUUGCGAUUUUUCACAGCUGGUUUCUCCCCUAACCAUUUGAUUUCCGUGGUCUGCUGAAUGGAUGCGUUUUUUAACCUGUGGUUUCAUUUGUUAUUUUUCUCCAGUUGAUGUUGAAUUACACUUGAUUUAUCUUAUAUUGGUACCACCCAGUGCACUGCAAAUGUCAACAUAAGGCAGGUAACAUUUUAUAUAGGGUGUUUGGCGCGCUUUCUGAUUUUUUUUCUUAUUCUUGUUCACUUAACUCUGGACUUCCAUCUGAUUGAUGGUGCAGACUCUAUUGCAUCAGAUGCCGUCUUGUAAAAUGGAGGAACAUGAAGGAUUGCUCUGAAAACACCCACGAUUUUGCCCGAUUGAGCCACUGCCGUACAUUUUUCAUCACACACUUGUGUGUCAAGGUGACUAGCGUGCAGGUUUCAGGGCUACUGGAUAUCUAUAAAGGGUCCAUUAAGCUCAACUAGUAUGCAAGAAGAGGCAUUUUACCCUACUUCCUUAUUCUCACUGCCAAUCCAUUAUUCUGCCUUCUAGGGGGAUAUAUUUUUAGAUUAUUUAAAAAAAAUUCACUGGGUAGAUAUAGGAUGCACCAUGUUGUUCAUAGUUCCACUGCAAGCAGAACCCUGAAUGUUACCCGGUAACAGGUUUUGAGACUGACACAAAAUUAGGCCUACUUACCAACUGACUGAGUCUCGUCAAACAGGUGCCAGCUCCACAUUCACUAUAAUCUGAAGAGGGUCUAACUGCUAACUCUAAAGUGUGACUUUAUAUUUCAAGUCAGAGCAGAGCUAACAGUACUGGGGGAGAACAGCAUUACACUCACAUUCUCCCACGUUCAACUGUUCUUUAGACCCUCUCCAUAUCCCCCCCCACUGGUCUGCUCAAGUGGGGGGGGGGCUUAACCCCCCAGGGUGGUCACCAAGGCUGAUCCCCUACCAACGGGGGUCGUGACCAUGGAAACGAGCCCGGAGAGUCCGAAUCGUGCGGUGGAGUACCUGCUGGAGCUGAACAACAUCAUCGAGAGCCAGGCCAAGCUCCUGGAGAGCCAGCGCCGCCGCAUCGAGGAGCUCGAGACCCAGCUGGACCGGGUCAACCAGGAGAACACGGGCCUGCGCUUGGACCAACACAACUCCUGUCCCGAGCCAACGCCGGUCCCCAUCCAGAACCACACCGACCAGAGCCCAACCCAGCCCUCGUCCCUGCCCCUCAACCCCUCCUCGGGCACGGGCACUGGUGCUGGCCCUCUCCACAACAGCAACAAUGGCACCGGCAGCACUGCCACCAGCCCGUCCUCCUCAACGGCGCCACCUGCUGGGCUGAACCGCGAGCGGCGGAACCACACGCGUCUGACCCGUGGGCUCUCAUGCGGGGCGGCGCCGGUCGAAAGGGAGCGGACUGGACGACUGGAACGGAUCGACAGCAGCGGAACCAACACGACCCCCGCGCCACGCAGACAUGUCGAGGUCGAGUCCCGGAACACAGAGCACUCCGGCACCUUCGCGGACAGCCCUCGUGGUCAGGACCCCUACCUGCACGGCUCCGAGCGCUUCGGCGACAGCAGCGGCAGCGGCCCCCCUGGCCCCCGGGUGCCGUGCGUGGCCCCCCCCAGCCCAGCCAGCCUCACCUGGGCACAGCACACGCGCCACCAGCCUGCCAGCCUAGCCCUCCGCAAGCAGGAGGAGGAGGAGAACAAGAAAUGCAGGGCCCUAUCCGACAGCUAUGAACUGUCCACCGACCUACAGGAUAAGAAGGUGGAGAUGCUGGAGAGGAAGUAUGGCGGCUACUUCCUGAGCCGGCGUGCGGCGCGCACCAUCCAGACGGCCUUCCGCCAGUACCGCAUGAACAAGAACUUCGAGCGCCUGCGCAGCUCCGCCUCCGAGAGCCGCAUGACGCGCCGCAUCAUCCUCUCCAACAUGCGCCUGCAGUACUCCUUCGACGAGCGCCCGCCGUCGCUGCCCGCGCUGUCCCAGACGCCCGCGCAGACGCCGUACGGUCAGGGCAUGGGCACCCCUGAGCUGGAGCCCAGUCCCUCACCCACACACUCCGCCGGGAAAUACACACACCUGGAAGACUCCUUCUCCAAACAGGUGAAGUCCCUGGCCGACUCCAUAGACGACGCUCUGACCUGCAGGGCUGGGCGGGACGACUCCCAGGACGGGAGCGGAGAGGUGGGGGGCGGCAGCAGCGCGGCCGAGGACUACGGCGAGUGCGUGUGGAGCAACAGCAGCCACCCGUCGGCCUCGCCCUCCCCCUCCUCUCGCCGGGGGCUCGGGGAGCGCGGCGGCGGCGGGGGGGGCAGGGGCCUCAGCAUGCACGAGGACAGCACGGCGACCUCCUACAGCGACGUCACGCUCUACAUGGACGACGGCAUGCCCUCCUCGCCGCUCUCGCUCGACCGCACCCCCAGCAGCACCGACACGGAGUUCUGGGGCAUCGGGGGCACGGGCGGGGGGCGCGAGGACAGCCGCGACACGGAGGGCGGCGGCAGUAGCAACAGCCGCAGAAGCACGCCCUGCACGGAGUGCCGCGACUACCGGCUCCGCGGGCCGCACUUGCCGGUGCUGACCAUCGAGCCGCCCAGCGACAGCUCAGUGGACAUGAGCGACCGCUCGGACCGCGGCUCGCUCGGACGGCAGCUGGUGUACGACCAGGAGCCGCCCGGCGGGGGGUCGCCCCAGGAGACGCUCAAGCACAACGCCGGCCCCGUCCGCUCGGUGAUGUCCUCGACGACCUCCUCAUCCACCGCCGUCGUCGCGCAGGGUCAGACACGCCCACCCAGGGCGCCGCUCCCCACCCAGAUCCCCGCCAACAUGGCGCACCACCACCACCACCAUCACCACCACCACCAUCACCACUACCCCGACACGCCCUCUUCCUCCUCCUCCCCGCAGCAGCCCCCCACCACCCCGCUCUCCUCCUCCUCCUCCGCGCCGCUGGCGCCCGGCAGCCUGGAGCAGCCCUGCUGCUCGGACGGAGAUAACGACUCGCUCAACUCCACCACCAACUCCAACGACACCAUCAACUGCAGCUCGGGCUCGUCGUCGCGAGACAGCCUGCUGGAGCCGAUGCCGCCGCUGGGCAAGCAGACGUACCAGAGGGAGGGCCGCAACACCUGGGACUCGCCCGCCUUCAACAACGACGUGGUGCAGAGGAGGCAGUACCGCAUCGGACUCAACCUCUUCAACAAGAAGCCAGAGAAGGGCAUCCAGUACCUGAUCGAGCGGGGCUUCGUGUCGGACACGCCGGUGGGCAUCGCCCGCUUCAUCCUGGAGAGGAAGGGCCUGAGCCGGCAGAUGAUCGGAGAGUUCCUUGGCAACCGGCAGAAGCAGUUCAACAAGGACGUGCUCGACUGUGUGGUGGAUGAGAUGGACUUCUCUGGUAUGGACCUCGAUGAUGCUUUGAGAAAGUUCCAGGCCCAAAUUAGAGUGCAAGGAGAGGCCCAGAAAGUAGAGAGACUAAUCGAGGCAUUCAGUCAGAGGUACUGUGUGUGUAACCCACCCCUGGUGCGUCAGUUCCGAAACCCGGACACCAUCUUCAUCCUGGCCUUUGCCAUCAUCCUCCUCAACACGGACAUGUACAGCCCCAACAUCAAGCCAGAGAGGAAGAUGAAGAUGGAGGACUUCAUCAAGAACCUCCGAGGUGUGGAUAAUGGGCAGGACAUCCCCCGAGAUCUCCUGGUUGGAAUCUACCAGCGCAUUCAGAAGUGGGAGCUGAGGACCAAUGAUGACCAUGUGUCUCAAGUCCAUGCUGUGGAGCGAGUGGUGGUCGGCAAGAAGCCAGUGCUGUCUCUGCCCCAUCGCAGGCUGGUGUGUUGCUGUCAGCUGUAUGAGGUGCCUGACCCAAACAGACCCCAAAGGACAGGAGUUCACCAGAGAGAGGUCUUCCUCUUCAACGAUCUGCUGGUGGUCACAAAGAUCUUCCAGAAGAAGAAAACCUCGGUGACGUACAACUUCAGACAAUCCUUCUCAUUGGUGGAGAUGCAAGUCCACAUGUUCCAGAACUCCUACUACCCUCAUGGUGUCAGACUGACGUCGGCCAACCCAGGCGGGGAGAGAAAGGUUCUGAUCGUGCUCAUGGCUCCGAGUCAGCAGGACCGCUCGCGCUUCAUCAGCGACCUGCGCGAGAGCAUCGCAGAGGUGCAGGAGAUGGAGAAGUACCGCGUGGAGACUGAGUUGGAGAAGCAGAAAGGUGUGAUGCGGACCGGCAUGUUGGCGGGUAGCAUGGGUGGGGGGUUGAAGAAUGACGUGGUGAACGGCACCCUGGGAAGGCCCUGUCUGGACGACACCUACGCCCCCACUGAGGGUCUGAAACGCACCGCUCUCAGCUCCUCCCUCAGGGACCUAUCUGACGCAGGGAAGCGCGGGCGCAGGAACAGUGCUGGUUCUCUGGACAGUACCAUGGAAGUAAGUCCGUCCGACUGAAGAUGAGUGUCAUCAUCGUGUGUGUCGUCAUGAGUGUACACAACCAACCAGAUCGCUUCUGUCCCUGUCAUGUAUCCGGCUCUGAUCCGGCUCUGAUAUGGUCCAGAUCCGGGCCGGUGUCACCCAUUAGUCAAAAGCCCAUUGAUGUAUGGAGUCGUUCUGCAUGGCGUUCGAAUAGUGUUCACGUGUAGAUGUAUAAACUGCAGUUUGCUCCUCUGCCGCAUGCCGUCAUGUGUUCUGGUCGGAAUGCUCUCGGAAUGCCCGUGCGCACAUUCCAAGUGUCAGAUGUGGUUCCCAAAUAAGCCAUAGAGGAGUCGUUCACAGAUGUGUCAAGGCUUUGUGUGUUGUACCUCUGUAUGUUCACAUCAUCACUGAGUUGCGUCAUUUGUAGUCGUGCAUGUUUGUAGACCACGUGGUCAACUCUUUGUGGCUACGCAUCAUGCAUGUGUGUAGUUUGUAUGUAGUUCACGUGAGACAGUUUUGUGAACAAGUUACUGCGACAUGAUCUUACAAUCUCUCUAAUCAACUCACCCCCCUUCCCCCCACCCCCCAAAAACAACUCCACCACCCACACUGCACAUACCUCUGGACUCCCAUGUGUCCACACCCCCUUACACCCCCUUCACACCCACCUGUAAUUCCUCUCUCUGUCCUUUUCAUUUCUCCAUUGCCAUUGAUAUCUCACACUCCUCUUACCAUCCUCAACACCCUCCUCCUCUUCUUGCUCACGUCCUCUCUCCUUCUCUCCUUGUCAUCUGGUUCCAUCUCGUCUGGUCUCAUUAUUAUCUCCUCAUUUCUCCCAACACCUCUUCCCCUCCUCCACACGCUCCACAAUGCCGCUUUAA